AAUCAUCAUUUUUUCUGCAUAUCGUCAGGUGAAUCAAGUCGACGAGAUGAUUUUCUUGCUGGUGACUUGCCUUGCUGCUCUUCUGAGUCCUUCCGUCCACGGCGUGGAUUGGUGCUACCACAAGCCAGAAUGCAAUUUUACCACCUGGCCCACAAUUGCUACACAAUUCUGUAAUGGAUCCAAGCAAUCUCCCAUCAAUAUCGUGACUGCAAGUGUUCAGGGAAAUGCUAACCUGACCUCAUUUAACUUCACUGGUUUUGAUGACAACUCCACCUUCCUGAAUAUCGUGAACUCAGACGGCUCUGUGGUGGCCAACCUGAAUAGUAGUAAAGUGGCAGUGCAAGGAGGUGAUCUUCCAGGUCUAUACAACCCUACACAAGUCAGUAUCCACUGGGGUAACAGCAGCUCCUCGAAUGGCUCCGAACACACUGUGGAUGGCAAACAAUACUCAAUGGAGCUGCAAAUUCUGAGUGUCCAUUCGAAAUACAACGGGAAUGUGUCCGCUGCUCUAGCUGCUAAUGACAGCACAGGAUUGGCUGUUUUCAGUUUCUUCAUUGAGGGAACUCAACAAAACCAAACCAAUAUUUGGGUAAACCUAACAUCCAUUUUGCAAUUCAUCUCUCGCCCAGGUGCUCAAAUCCCCAUCUUGAUUCCAGUCACACUGAACAGUCUGUUUGAAGGGGUGGACAGGACUAAAUAUUACCGUUACCGAGGCUCCCUAACCACACCCACCUGCAAUGAAGUUGUGAUCUGGACUGUGUUUAAACAGCCCAUCAAUGUCAAUCAGAAUUUGAUCAACCGCUUCAGCACAGAUCUCUUUUUAAAUGCAGACAAAACAGUUCAGAUGACCAACAACUUCAGAGGAGUUCAGCCCUUGAAUGGCAGAGUUGUGACAUCACAGGUGGUAAAUUCCACAGCACCUUCAUCUGUGGCCACAUCCACUUUAUCUAUCAUCACAGCCCUUCUCUUGUCAAGCUUGUUCUGACAACAUUGUUUUCUGCAGAGCUGCUUAUAGCUGAUUCGACUUUUUCGUAAUUGAUGAAUAUUGCAAAACUGUCACUGAAUUAAAUUGAAUCUGAAUAACUGAAUGGAUGAAGUGGAUGAAGUGAUGAAGUGAAUAAUGACACUAUUUUCCUCUGUAGUGCUCCUUAUAGCUGAACUGAACUCAUAAUUAAUGAACUUUACACAGUUAUUGAACUAAACUGAAUCAACACCAAACUGACCUCAGCUGAAUAAUGACACUUUUUUUAGUUCUGCUUUAAUAGCAGAAAUUUAAUUAUUUGCAUCAUUAAUCAUUAUUUUCCUGUUUAUCUCUGCUGCUGCUUUAAAACAUUCUGUAUUGUAUACAGUGCUUUAUAAAUAAAUGUAUCUUGACCUGGC